AUGGCUUCCAAGGAAGAGAUGCCCGACAAGAAGGAGAAGUUGGAGCCGCAGAUAAAGUCGGUCGAUAUGAGCGAUGAUAUGCAGCAGGAAGCGAUCGAAGUUGCACAAGAAGCAAUGGAGAAGCAUACAAUUGAGAAGGAUAUCGCCCAACACAUCAAACGAGAAUUCGAUCAGCGCAAAGGAGCCACAUGGCACUGUAUCGUCGGCCGCAACUUCGGAAGCUUUGUCACCCACGAAACCAAGCACUUCAUCUACUUCUACCUCGGCCAUGUCGCAAUCCUGCUGUUCAAGACUCAAUAG